AUAUGCUAUUAGACUAUUGAAUAGUUUUCUGAGGUUUCAUAUUCUAGUUUUAUUCUAUGCAUCAACUUUCCAACACACAAAAGUCUCAUCAACUCAUAAAAUUGAUGCAAAUCUUUCUUUUCUGUACCCUCCUCCUUAUCUCUUUCAAUAUCAAAAUUAUCUCCAUCUCCACAUUCUUGAAGAAUAUUGCUGACAUGGUCAUGCAUAAAUGCACAGUUCUAUAUGUUGAAUUGUAUGUCGAUGGCCAAUGGUACGCGUCCACGUGUGCCCCCAACCAGUAUUUUGUAUGCCUUCAAAAUAAAGUUGUGCAUAAUCAUGCCUCAAGUUGCAGAGCACAUGAGUUGCAUAGAUAUCAGCAUGUGUAUUAAUGUGAUGAAUGUAUGUUUUAUUUCUGUGUCAUCAGCUCUAUUUCAUUUCAAUAUUUAAUCAUCUCAUUCUGUUAUCUUAGUGGUGGAUGCCUGAUUUAUAAUACUAAGAGCUUAAAGUGAAGAUUAGUGGCUUAUCAUACUAAGCUAUGGCCUCUUGAAUCAGAAACCAAGGCUAGUUGAACAAACUAGAGGUCAUCUUUGUUUGUCUGUGUGUGUUUAUAUAAAGUUUCAAGUUUGUAACCCCAAGGAUCCUGUCCAUGACCAGCUAUUCCCCUUUGUACAGAUCCAAAAAUUGUUUUACCUUCUCUCUCUUGGUGUGAUCUUACUAUUUUACUAGCUUUUCCAUGAGUUCAUGCAUAUAAUUUCAACCAUGUUCAAUAAGCUCAAACUUAGAGUUUUACUACUUUGCUCUAUCUUUUUUCUUGCCUUUGCACUUGAAAACAACUUCUUAAAUUGUGAUACCAAUUCCACAUAUGCUUCUGGCUACCAAUGCAAUGGACUUAAUGCACAAAGCCAGUGUCAGACAUAUGCUAUGCUUCGUACCAAUUCGUAUUUUUCAUCCCUUUUCAGUCUCAGCUCUUACAUGGGGAUUAACCGGUCUGUUCUUGCUGACGCGAAUAACUUCUCUGCUAACGCGGAGUUUCUUGAAAAAGAUCGCCCUUUGUUGAUCCCCCUUAAUUGUAGAUGCAAAGGUGGCAUUUUUAGUGCAGAAUUCACACACACUACUGUGAAAGGUGAAAGUUUUUAUGGUAUUUCAGAGGCGCUGGAAGGCCUGACAACUUGUAGAGCCAUCAAAGAGAAGAAUCCAAGUGUAAAUCCUUGGAAUUUAGGAGAUAAUCACACCUUGGUGAUCCCAUUGAGAUGUGCUUGUCCGUCAAAUGUAAUUGGACAAAGCACAAAUCUGUUGUCUUACCCUGUAACUAGAGGGGAAACAGUUUCAAGUUUGGCCUUUAAGUUCAAUAUUUCAGAAGAAGCUAUUAUUGCAGCUAAUAAUAGAUCAGGAGCAGAUUUUACGAAGCUGCAAAGCUUAGAGCCUGUGUCAACUCUUCUGCUUCCAUUACAUGGAAAGCCUGAAUUUGGUUCACUAGCAGAACCAAGUCAGCCAGCUUUGGGUUCUGCAGGAAAAAACAUUCCUUGUGUAAAUCAACACAAGAGAAAGUCAUCGAAAAUGUGGAAGAUUGGAGCUUACAUUGCUGUUAGUGGAGCGGCGUUUGUAGCAUUCAUUGCAGCUGCAGCAGGGCUCCUUUUGUUGUAUUGGAAAAAGAAGCAACAAAUUAUGGCGAAGGACGGAGAUGUGGAGCUGCAGCAGCUGAGUCUAAGUGUCCGUACCAUCAGCGAAAAAAAAGUCUCCUUUGAAGGGUCCCAAGAUACAAUUGACGGCCAGGUAAUCGAACCAAUACCACACAAGAUGAUGAUUGAAACAUACACACUGGAGGAGAUGAAGAAAGCAACCGCGGAUUUCAGUACAAGUAAUCUUAUUGAGGAUUCUGUAUUUCACGGGCGUUUGAAUGGCAAGAACUUGGCAAUAAAGUGCACAAAGACAGAGAAUGUUUCAAAGAUUGAAUUCGGGCUUUUUCAUGAUGCAGUUCAUCAUCAUCCUAACAUAAUUAGGCUCUUCGGAACGUGUGAAACAGAAGGCCCGGAUUCAUUUAUAGUCUCUGAGUAUGCUAGAAAUGGUUCUUUAAAAGACUGGCUUCAUGGUGGUUUAGCUAUGAAGAGCCAGUUCAUUUCAUCCUGCUACUGUUUCUUGACAUGGAAUCAAAGGCUAAGGAUCUGCCUAGACGUGGCUACCGCUUUACAGUACAUGCACCAGAUAAUGAAUCCUUCUUACCUGCACAGAAAUAUAAAGAGCCGAAACAUCUUUAUUGAUGAGGAAUUCAAUGCCAAGGUUGGGAAUUUCGGGAUGGCUGAAUGUGCUGAAAAUGACACAAGUGAUCAGAAUCAAGUAUCUUGCUCCAGCCAUUCCUCGUCAUGGACUAGAGGGUACUUGGCACCUGAGCUCCUCCACCAGUGCCUGCCUUCUCCGAGCACUGACAUAUUUGCAUUCGGGGUGGUUCUGCUUGAGAUUUUAUCAGGCCAGCCUCCUGUCACCAGAGGAACUGAAAAAGGAGAGGGGACUAUCUUGCUGUCAGAUAAAAUCAACUUCAUUCUCCAGUCAGAAAAUGCAGACGAAUUGAGGGGGUGGAUGGACAACGUUUUAGAUGAGAAUUAUUCAUUUGAUCAGGCUGUGACAUUAGCCAAUCUUGCGAGGGCUUGCGUGGAGGAAGACUCUUGUAUGAGACCUAAUGCUGGAGAAAUCGUCGAAAAGUUAUCAAGAUUGGUUGAAGAAUUACCAGCAGGAGAGAGUUUCACAAUCUGUGAAAGCUCUUGCAAGCCUCUUGUAAAGGCUUCUGGAAGUAAUAUGUGAAACAAUUAUAUCCCAUAGAGCAACUGAGGAUUCCAAAUAUCCAAACAUUGUGUCAAUAAUUCUACUAUAUUGUUCAUGCAGCUUAGAAAGUUUAAAGGAAAUUCUAUAGCCUGAGGCCUCUUUCUUCUUGUAUAAAAUAUGGUUAAAUAUGCAAAUCAAAUACCUCUCCAGAAAUAAGAAAUUGAAAAAUAAAUAA